GUGGAGAAGAACUUGGACUUGCGCAGCUCCUUGGGUGCCUUCCCAGUUGGGUCUGUGGUUGCAGCUGCUGGACAGAAGCUGUUGGAUGACCAUGAAGCUCUGGAUAAUUACAUUAAGUCUGAUGGGAGUUGCCUGUGAUAUACUCCAGUAUGGACCAGCUUUUCCUUCAUCCAUUGGCUCUUGUGAGAUGUUGUGUUCUUGUGAAGAAAAGGACGGCACCUUCAUUAUAAACUGUGAAGACAGAGGCAUCAGGGAGUUAUCUCAAGUGCAUGUUCCACCGUCCCGGCCUUUCCACCUUAGUCUUCUAAACAACAGUUUGACCAUGUUACGUGUGAAUGAUUUCUCUAGCUUUAUCAAUGCUCUCACUCUUCACCUUGGAUUUAACUAUAUUGUAGACAUUGAACCAGGUGCAUUUAAUGGACUAAGUCUCCUUAAGCAACUUCAUAUCAAUCACAAUUCUUUAGAAAUACUUAAAGAGGACACCUUUCAUGGGCUGGAAAACCUGGAAUUCCUUCAAGCCGACAAUAAUUUCAUCACAAUAAUUGAAUCAAGUGCCUUCAGCAAGCUCAACAGGCUUAAGGUGCUCAUUUUAAAUGAUAAUGCCAUUGAGUUUCUUCCUCCCAAUGUAUUUCGCUUUGUGCCAUUAACUCACUUGGAUCUUCGUGGGAACCAGCUGCAGACUCUUCCUUACGUUGGCUUUUUAGAACAUAUUGGCAGAAUUCUAGACCUUCAGUUGGAAGAUAAUAAAUGGGUCUGCAACUGUGACCUGCUGGAGCUGAAAAGUUGGUUAGAAAACAUGCCUCCUCAGUCUAUAAUAGGCGACGUUGUAUGCCACAGCCCUCCCAUUUUGAAAGAUUUCAUUUUGAGCAGGUUAAAGAAGGAAUCGCUCUGUCCCACUCACCCUACAAAUGACCUUGACGCUCCAUCAGGAUCAUUGCCCUUGGUGGUCACCACUUCAAUCAGCGAUAGCCAGUAUGCAACAAGGGUGAUACCUAUUUUGAAAGCUUCUACCAAGGAAUCUAGUUUAUUACUUCAUGUAUCAAAGCCAGCUACCCUGCUUCCAGGAAUAUAUUGCCCUAUCCCAUGUCAGUGCACUAGCCAUAUCCUUUCAGGGAUUUUAAUGCAAUGCCAGGAACAAAACAUUGAAAGCUUAUCAGAUUUAGGGCCUCCUCCCCCAAAUCCUAAAAAGCUUAUUCUAGCUGGAAAUAUAAUCCAGACGUUACUGAAAUCAGACCUUGUGGAUUAUGGAAGUCUAGAAAUGCUUCACUUGGGAAACAAUCGUAUUGAAAUCCUAGAGGAAGGGUCCUUUAUAAAUCUCACCAGAUUGCAGAAAUUGUAUCUCAAUGGCAAUCAUCUCACCCAGCUAAAUCGCAAUUUGUUUUUAGGCUUACAGCGUCUUGAAUAUUUGUAUCUUGAAUAUAAUGCCAUCAAAGAGGUUUUGCCAGGAACAUUUAAUCCAAUGCCUAAACUUAAGGUUCUCUAUUUAAAUAAUAACCUUCUUCAUACUUUGCCACCCCAUAUUUUUUCUGGAGUUCCUCUAGCCAGACUAAAUCUAAAAACGAACCAGUUUGCACAUUUGCCUGUAGGGAAUGUCUUAGAUGAUCUGGAUCUACUCGUACAAAUUGAGCUGGAAGACAACCCUUGGGAUUGUACUUGUGACUCAGUUGGGCUACAGCAAUGGAUACAAAAGCUAAAUAGAAAUACAAUGAUGGGUGAAAUUUUCUGUACCUCUCCAAGGCAUCUGGCUAAAAAGGAACUGAGAUCUCUGAAUAGUGACAUGCUAUGUCCUGGUUUAAUGAACAGUCCAGCCCUCCCAACUCAAGCUAGCUUCAUAAUCAUCACAACACCAUCAACCACCACCAAUACAGCAGACACAAUUCUGCAAUCACUGACUGGUGCCAUCCCUCUUUCUGUUCUAAUCCUGGGGCUUUUGAUUGUAUUUAUCACCUUCAUUUUUUGUGCAGCUGGUAUUGUUGUUCUCGUUCUACACCGACGGAGAAGAUACAAAAAGAAGCAGGUGGAUGAACAGAUGAGGGAUGCCAGCCCAGUACAGCUUCAGUACAGCAUGUAUGGUCACAAAACAACACACCACACAACUGAGCAGCCUGCAGCAACCUUAUAUGAACAGCGCAUGAUCAGUCCUAUGGUUCAAGUUUACCGAAGCCCAUCUUUCAGUCCCAAAUUUGCAGAUCAUCAUGGAGAGAGGAAUGACAAGGAAAUGAAUGAUUCCAAACACCUUCGCAGAGGUCUCUUAGAAAGGGAGCACUCCUCACCCCUGACAGGGUCAAAUGUUAAAUACAAAGCUAUGGACCAAUCAGCUGAAUUCCUGUCUUUUCAGGAUGCAAGCUCUUUGUACAGGAACAUUCUUGAGAAAGAAAGAGAACUCCAGCAACUGGGAAUAACAGAGUAUUUGCGGAAAAACAUUGCCCAGCUGCAUCCUGACAUGGAUGUACACUAUCCAGGAGCUCAUGAGGAGCUCAAACUGAUGGAGACACUCAUGUAUUCCAGGCCAAGAAAAGUUUUACUAGAACAGACUAAAAAUGAAUAUUUUGAACUAAAGGCCAACCUGCAUGCUGAACCUGAUUACCUGGAAGUCUUGGAACAGCAAACGUAAAAAAAAAGAGAAAACCACUUUUGAGGGAUUAAAUCAGAAUGAUUUAGAACAGGCUGGUUCUAUCUCAACCUGGAACUUUGUAAAUAAAAGUGCCUUAUAAUAAUGUGUCAUCAAUCAGAACUUUUAAGCACAGCAGUAAUCCGAGUGAAAAAAACUCUCAGGGAUAACUGUGUGAAGCCAUGGGAAAGUUUGCAGGCUGUAUGUCUCACUCCCCCACCCCCCACAUUAAAUGUGAACUUUGUGUGACUGGAUUUUGGGAGGAAAUUCAGUUUCCUUCGCCAUAGUUCCCUAGACUUGCAUGGUGAUCCAUCAUCUGUUUCCUUAAAGCAAAGUUAAAAUAUUCAUUAUUUCAAUGCCCUUUUUUCAGCAUUAUUUACACUAUGUUUUCUUUAAAAAGCACUGGUGUACCUAGUUAUGAAAGGCUAGUGUAUAUUGGAUAGGGAUUAGUCCACAUCAAUGAACACUAUCUACCAAUUGCACAUGAUAUUGCCAUGUAAUAAAUACAAGAAAAAUUCAAUGAUUUUUUUAAAAAAGAAGAUAUUUAACUGUAUGCAUCCAAGGUCUGAUAAUAUUUAAGUACCUUGUAUUUGGAAUGUUAUUUAUCAGAACGUCUGUUAGAAUAUGUGGAUGGUGGGGAAAAGCUAUAUACAUGUUUUACUGAGGAAUUUAAAAGACAUAAAAACAAGCCUUUUUGAUAUUUAUCCUGUCUGGUGGUUUUAGUCAUAUUAUGGACAAUCUUCAGUAUAACUCUGCUAUUGAUUCCCGUGCAUCAUUGUUUAAAAUACUGUUAAAAACACUGGGAUAACUACUGAGAGAUAUUGUAAA